AUGGUCAGCAAGGAGGUGCUAGCACAUUUGAAUGCAAAUAUAGGAGCUUUCUGUGAAGAAGGAUGCAGAUAUGGUGGAACUUGUGUAGCCCCUAACAAAUGUCUCUGCCCUCCUGGAUUCACAGGAAGUCAUUGUGAGAAAGAUAUUGAUGAGUGUGCAGAGGGGAUCAUUGAGUGUCACAACCAUUCACGCUGUGUUAACCUCCCAGGGUGGUACCACUGUGAGUGCAGAAGCGGUUUCCAUGACAAUGGAAGCUACUCUCUAUCUGGGGAGUCCUGUGUUGAUAUCGAUGAGUGUGCCUUAAAGACCCACACAUGCUGGAACGACUCGGCCUGUGUGAACCUGGCAGGAGGCUUUGAUUGCCUUUGUCCGACCGGACCAUCCUGCACUGGAGACUGUCCCCAUGAAGGCGGCUUCAAGCGGAAUGGGCAAGUGUGGACGCUGCGGGAGGACAGAUGCUCCGUUUGCUCCUGCAAGGACGGGAGGAUUUUCUGCCGGCGGACAGCCUGUGACUGCAGGAACCCCAGCGCUGAUCUCUUCUGCUGCCCAGAGUGUGACACCCGCGUCACCAGCCAGUGCCUCGACCAGACGGGGCACAAGCUCUACCGCAGUGGGGACAACUGGACCUACAGCUGCCAGCAGUGCCGAUGCCUGGAAGGAGAGGUGGAUUGUUGGCCUCUCCUGUGCCCAAAGCUCAACUGCGAAUACACAGCCAUCUCAGAAGGAGAGUGCUGUCCCCACUGCGUCAGUGACCCCUGUCUGGCUGACAACAUCACCUACGACAUCAGGAAAACCUGUCUGGAUGACUAUGGGAUCACAAGGCUUAGUGGUGCUGUAUGGACAAUGGUGGGAUCUCCUUGUACGACCUGCAAAUGCAAGAAUGGGAACAUCUGCUGCUCUGUGGAUUUAGAGUGUCUCAGCAAUAACUGACAUAGUCAGAUGGGACUUUGCCAAGAGGGGGACCGAGGAAGAUGACCACCCGAAAUGAAGUUGUGUGCGUUGGUGUUUUGUACAACAGACAGUUACCAAAGUCUCCACAUGAGGAAGAUGUUUGGGAGUUGCCUUUGGGACCCACCACUAUGCUCAUCCUCACCACCCUUGUCUGGGUGGAUUACAGUACAGCGCAUACAAGUCAGUGGUUGUUACAGAGUUUUCAGUGUUGUAAAUGACACACUUCUUCUGUCAAGAAAUUUGCAAAUAUGUUUAAAUUAUUUCAUGGUUAAACUACUGCUGUAUUUUUGGUUUAAUUUGUAUAUUGACAACAUGCUAGAAUUCAACUCUUCUUACUUUGCAUCUAGAUUUUACGAAUAAGACAGCCUGUUGUGAUUUUGUCCCAUGAUAUCAUAUACUUAGUUACAAGGUCCCUGUUAGAUGUAUUUAUGAAAAUAUGUAUGUAUGUACAGUCAGAUUGCAUAGUCCUUAUAUUUCACAGCUGUCCAACCUUUUAAAGCAGUCAAAGGUAUAUUUGAUUGGACAGAAUGGAAGUAAUCAAAAUAAGUCUGUCUUAAAAAAUUAUAAAAUUCAAUGCCAUGAACUUCAUGGCAAAAAAGGCACUUUCUUCUCCCAAAUGUGCAGAGCAGCAGCAAGACUCCUACAAGAAAUGGAACUAAAACCAGAUUCCACUGCCAAUUCAACACAUGUUCAGGAAAGAAUCACCAGUCAUUGUCAGUGUUCUCUUUUGCAAGAGAAACUGCAAGUGCUAGAAGAGGGUGAGGAGUUGCAGAUUAUGCAGUGAUAAAACAGGCAGAGACCCUUAAGGUCAUCUAAUUCAAAUUGAGUAGGUUAAAAUUUGCUUUGAGUCGUAACAUCAUUGAUGAGUUCAUUGUUUUUCCUCUCUUGUGUUCACUGUAAUAAUGAUGUCUGCCAUUCUCAGGUACUGCUGCCCUAAUGAAAAAGUGCAGAAACACCUGCACCAGCAGCAUGCAGGACAGGAGACCUUAACACUCGAUAACUUUUAUUACCCUAUUCACAGCUCAGAAACAGGUUUUCUCUGGUUACAUGUUGACAUUCAGAAAUACUUAGUUUUAAAUUUACCUGCAGUGCUGGGGAGUACCGAAGUUUAGACAGCAAUACAAAUUAAAACUCUUAGCCCUGUAUUGAGAUUAGUUUAGAUUCUCUUCAGCUAAUGCCUAUUUUUGCCAUGAGGCUAGAAAGUUUGUGGCGUUAGAACAAGAAUAUAUUUCUCCGAUGAUGGCAUCUGCAGCUUAAAUGUCACCUUUUUAAUGUGCUCUUGUGUUUUGUUCUGCUCUUUCAUGUAGUGUUUUUUGCUUUUUAUUUAUUUAAUUAAACACACUGAGUAUAUGGAAAAGUACAGAAAUGAGUAUAGUGGCUACAGUUUGGGAAGUACAUUUGUGAGUUUUCCAUGUGGAAAAUGUGAAACUGAUUAACAAGAAUGAAGUGUGACUAUACAGUGACAUUAGUCAUCUUUUGAAUGAAGUAUUAUUAUGUUUCUUAUCAGGGGACAGUGACAAAAGAAUAUAAACACUCCUUUCAAUCAUUUGGACAACUUCAUUCCCAUUCUUUAAACAGGAUUUGUUUUAUCCAACAGGUUUGUGUGGUGAAGGUAAAUUUAUUUUCUUAAAAUGCCCCAUCAAUUUCAGUUACUCAUGUAUUGACUAUAUUUGCAUUGCCCUAAUGAUUGUAUAAUAAGGGAAAGAGUUGUGUUUUAUAUGAUACUCAAAGGAUGUUUGUAAAUCAUAAUGUCAGCUCAUUUUGUAUAUCACAUUGUAAAACCCAAUGGUAAUUCAGUUGGAUGAGAGAUUCAGUGGGCUGAGAUAUAAAGGGGAAUGAUAUAAAACUUGUGGGCAUCUAAAUAAACUCCUGUGUACAGA